UCUCCUCUCGCUUUCUAGAAGGUGAAGAUGGGGCGGCCAGAUACUAAGAGCAGCCCGAGGGCUCCUCUGGAGCAAGUCGAAGCAGGCGGCACGCAGGGACCAUCUAUCAGGCAGGAGCAGGCGCGAGAAGCUGUGGCGGGGGUUAGCCGUGGGACCGUGCAGAAAGAGCACUGUCUGCAACAGGCGAGGGCAGUUCGGUCUGUAAUCCAAAAUGAGCUUCUCUGUCAGACCCUGAGGAGGAAGAAAGGAAGAAUUUGGCAGGAAAAAGGACGUUUCACACAGCAGAAGUGUGAACAUGAGAAAUCCUCGGCAGACCUAUGAGGAGACCUCAGGAGGGGACCUGAAGAAGAGAUGUCGUCGAGGAAAAAUCUUGCUCCUCUUAGUGGUGCUGUUCACUGCUGUCGUUGGCCUCGUGCUUCUCGUUUUCUUCACCGUCUUUACCCGUGGCCUGGAAACCUGCAACACCGUGGAGUGUCUGGUGCUCAUGACGAAGUUGCGGAAAGCUUGUAAUGAUACCGUCGACCCAUGUGAGGAUUUCUUCAGCUACAGUUGUGGCAACUGGGAAGCUAACCACACACAGGGGACAAACGUCUUUGAUGUCCUUUUGGAAGAAAACCAGCUGGUCAUGAAGCAGCUCUUAGAGGAGCCACUCCUGGGGACCAGCAGUUCAGCAAAGGAGAAAGCCAUACGGUUUUACCGCUCAUGCAUGGAUACAGAACAGAUUGAAGCUCGAGGUGCUCAGCCCUUAAAGGAGCUCAUAAAUGAGGUUGGUGGCUGGAGCAUUACUGGCUCCUGGAGAGAGACAGACUUCAACCUGACUCUUCAGAGACUCAUGAAAAGAUACAACACAUUCCCAUUCUUUAAGGCCUACGUGGGACCCAGUUCCUCUGAUCCAAGUACCAACAUUAUCCAGAUCGACCACCCAGAAUUUGAGUUGCCACCUGAAAGUCACUUCAAAAAAACCGCAAAUUAUCUUGAGGCUGUACGUAUGUAUCUCUCAUAUCUGCUGAAGCUGGCAGCCUUGAUGGGAGGACAGAUGAAUGUGACUUCCAGCUACAUCUCCCCUGCACUGUCUUUCAUUUCCAACCUCCAGAAGGUAGUGACUCCACUCAAGGAGAGACAGGAGAGAAGAAUGCUGUUCUACCACACCACCAUUGGAAAGCUGCAGGAGGAGGCUCCCGCUAUCAACUGGCUGGCGUGUCUCCAGGCAGCUUUCUAUCCGGUGCAGCUGAACACAUCUCAGCCAAUUGCUGUGCAUGACAUGGAUUAUUUGAAAGGCAUGUCACAUCUGAUUGGACAGUGGCAGAAGAGGAGGGAUAUUCUACAAACCUACAUGAUACUCUGCCUGGUUGCGAAUAUGUCUCCUGCCUUGGACAGACGGUUCCAGGAGGCUCAACAGGAAAUUACAGAUAAAUUAAUUGGCAGAACAACAGAACCCAAGAUGGUUAGCCUGCUUCUCUCGAGCGACCUCACUUCCCCUUUCCAUGCCGUUAGAAGUGCUCGAUGGAAGAAAUGCCUGAGCGAGACCAGUACAUUCUUUGGUCCCGUACUUGGAGAGAUGAUUGUGCAAGAGAUUUUCCCCCAGAAGGCCAAGGAUCUCGCAGAGCAGAUGUUCUCUGAGAUCCGAGAUUCCAUCCACAACCAACUGGAUCAAGUGGAGUGGAUGGACAGCCAGUCUCACCAAGAGGCCAAGGAGAAAGUGUAUGGUGUGCAGGUGGAGAUUGGCUACCCAGGCGGCAUCCACCAAACAGAGGAAAUGGAUCACGAGUACCAAGAAGUGGAAAUUCUCGAAGACAACUUCUUCCACAAUGUGGUCGUCUGUCUGACAUUUCUGAGGAGGAGGUUCUCGCAGAGACUUGUCAGUCCCCAUCUUCAAGAUAAUUGGGAAGUGGUCCCUUGGUCUACACACUCGUACUACUCACUGAGACGCCAUGCUGUUGUCUUCCCUGCAGGAAUGUUCCGCCUCCCUUUCUUCCAUCCCGAAUUUCCUAGUGCUGUGAACUUUGGCGCAAUGGGAUUCUUUAUGGCACAUGAGCUGCUACACUCCUUCUAUGAUUACGUGUGGUCUGAGACCUGUUCAGACUGUGACAUGCAAGCCCUGGCUCAAGGUAAAGACUGUCUUGUGAAACAGUAUGAGAGGUACUCCCUGAAGGGCCAGCACAUCAACGGCUCCUUCACCCUUCUGGAGAACGCAGCUGACACAGGGGGACUUGCUAUUGCUUACCAGGCCUAUAAGAACUGGUUGGCCAAGCACAGAUGGGUGAAGGACUUACCUUGGCCUGGGGUCUCACACCAUCAACUCUUCUUCAUCAGCUUUGCCCAUGCAAUGUGUGGGCACCAGAAUCUCGAGGGACUGCAAACCUUCUUAAACAAUGAUCCACAUAGUCCCCCGUCGCUCCGUGUCGUUGGCUCUUUAAGCAACAGCCAGGAUUUCUCCAGGCAUUUCCGCUGUCCAAGUACGUCAUCAAUGAAUCCUGUUCUUAAGUGCCGCAUCUGGUAAAACAACCUGAAAAGCACACUGGAUCAAGACACAGCAAGAAUGGACUGUGGGAUCCCAUCCUGGGCUGAUGCUAGCCCUGUCUGCAGUUGGAGACCUAGCCCAUCUCUUCCCUGCAGUCUCCUUUGCUUUCUCUGCUACUUCCACCUGACAAGGCAGGGUGGAAGAACGUUCCUGGCUAGUCACCCAGAGGGAACAGAACAGAGUCUGCACUGUAGAAAUGCUCUAUCACUUUUUCAGCUCUUAACCUGCCUUAGGGAAAACUUCUUCUUGAGAACUCAGGAUCAGUGGACAAGUCUUCAGUGACGCUCUGUUUAGUGGCCAUCAAGGGCAAAAAAGACUGUGAGAUUUUUUAAAAAAUUGUUUUAAGAGUCACAUUGAGGACUGGUUUGGGAUAACCAGUUUAGGAGCUCUGGCUGAGGAGGAAAUCUGCGCUAGGACUGUAUCACUUUUUAUUUCCAGUGAGGUCUGAAAGGAGCUGAAUGCUCCUCCAUCUCAAACUUCCCUCCACAGAGGAAACUGGAUGCCAGGGAGAAGAAAGUAGGCCCAAAUGCACAGUACAUUUUUUUAAUGAGUCAAGUCUGGAUCCCUUAGACCCAACUCUCUUUCUCCUCAGUAGAGCUGCCAAGUCUGAAUUGGGGAAUUCCAGGAAGUUUGGGAGUAGAACCUGCGGAGGACAAGGUUUGGGAAGGGGGGCGGGGCUCAGUGGGGUAUAAUGCCAUAGAUUCAACCUCUAGACCAUCUGCUUUCUCCAUGGGUAUUGAUUUCUGCAGUCCAGAGAUUAUUUGUAAUUCCAGGAGAUUUCCAGGCCCCACCUGGAGGCUGGCAACCCUAUUCCACAGCCACACAGCAUCUAUGGGGAAUGCCAUUUUUUAAUGCUUGUGGGAGCCCAGUUAGGCUUGGGACUGUCACAGAGGGAGAAGAGUGGUUCCUCCCUUCCCAUUUAUGCCAUCUUCCUGAGGUGGCUCAUCUCAGGUCGUUUCCCCACUUACCUUUUGUUGCGCACUACUUGCGGAAAGUAACGCGGGAUCCCGCUGCACUCCCCACUGUGCCAGUGGCGACAGCACAGCAACCCCGAAUCUGCUGCUCUCCUUCCCCCUCAGCGUGCGGUAUUUCUAUUCCUGGAUGGAACGGCACCUUUUUGAACACCCCGCGCUCUGCGCAGGGGAGGGGGGAAGCCCGGGGGUGUGACUGCUGGUUUCAAGACGGAAGCUUCGGAGGCUGCCCCCAAACGCUCCCUUCCCUCCCUCUGCCCUUGUGCCCUGCUGCAAAAAUGGGGACAGAAAAGGGUUUUUUAAAAAAGAAGACAGGAGGCAUGUUCCUGCGGUGGGGAGUAAGACUUCGCACUCAAAAGCAGCGAUUCAAAGGAGAGCGGUUUGCCUCAGCGUUUUUUUUUAAGCGGAGAAUUGGCCUCAGACCUGACUUGUUAAAAAUUGUACUGUGUUGUUUGGUCUUUGGCCUGUCUGGCGAGCUGGUUUUCUCUGUGCGGGGAUUUUGCCUGAGAAGUCUUCGUCAUGUGAGCCUCUGCAGGCAGAUUUACAACCUCUGUGCGACCUUCUCGGGUCGUCCGAUCUUCCAAGUGUCCAAAGUUCAGAGCGGCUGGUCUGUUUUCCUUUUCCAACCAGUUGCCUUCAAAAAUUCCCUUCAUUCACAUGGGAACAGAACAGUGGCUACCAAUCCCAAUAUCUUUCCAAACCACAUUCUUUAAUGGUAGUUUUUCAUGAUGUCUCAAUUAAGUCGAAAUGAAUGUACACUGUUUACUCAUUGCAUCUUUUUUUUUUAAUUUCACACAUUAUGUAUGUAAUACAGUUUUGGUGUUGGGAAUCACAGAAUAUACGAACCAGAGUAAAAAGGAAUGAGACUGUACUUUAAUAAUCCAGAGA